GCGGCAACAGAAAGUCAUCGGAUGCUGCUUGACCGACAUCCCUUUCUCUGAAUUGGCGCUCGACAUCUCACAGAAUACAGUUUUAAAGGUGUACAUUGAUAAACAUCGUGUUUGAUGAACUUUUGUCCUGCUACAAGAGGUCCUGUAAGGUGAGAGACAGACGUGCUGGUUGACAGGAGAGAAAGAGAGAGAGAGACCCCUCUUCAGCCUGGCCAAACCCCCAGUGUCCGUUCCCCAUGUAUCCCGAAUCAACCACAGACUCUCCUGCCCGGCUCUCUCUCAGACAGACCGGCUCUCCGGGCAUGGUCUACAGUGCGAGAUACGGGAGCCCAAAACGCCAGCUGCAGUUUUACAGAAACCUGGGGAAGUCUGGCCUGAGAGUCUCAUGUCUUGGAUUAGGAACAUGGGUGACGUUCGGAGGACAGAUCACAGAUGAGAUGGCAGAGCAGCUGAUGACUCUGGCGUACGAGAACGGGAUCAAUCUGUUCGACACGGCAGAGGUCUACGCUGCAGGAAAGGCGGAGGUGGUGCUGGGCAACGUCAUAAAGAAGAAAGGAUGGAGACGCUCCAGUUUAGUCAUUACAACCAAAAUAUUUUGGGGUGGAAAAGCGGAGACAGAGAGAGGAUUGUCAAGAAAACACAUUAUAGAAGGUUUAAAGGCAUCAUUGGAGAGAUUGCAGUUAGAAUAUGUGGACGUAGUGUUUGCAAACAGACCCGACCCCAACACACCCAUGGAAGAAACGGUGCGGGCGAUGACCCAUGUGAUCAAUCAGGGAAUGGCGAUGUACUGGGGAACGUCACGCUGGAGUCCGAUGGAAAUCAUGGAAGCAUAUUCAGUGGCCCGACAGUUCAACCAGAUCCCACCAAUCUGUGAGCAGUCGGAGUAUCACAUGUUCCAGAGAGAGAAAGUGGAGGUGCAGCUUCCUGAGCUCUUCCAUAAGAUCGGUGUGGGUGCGAUGACAUGGUCCCCGCUGGCCUGUGGGAUAAUCUCAGGGAAAUACGACAGCGGGGUGCCGCCGUACUCACGCGCCUCACUGAAGGGCUACCAGUGGUUGAAGGACAAGAUCUUGAGCGAGGAGGGCCGACGCCAGCAGGCGAAGCUGAAAGAGCUGCAGGCAAUCGCUGAGCGGCUGGGCUGCACACUGCCACAGCUAGCCAUCGCGUGGUGCCUGAGGAAUGAAGGUGUGAGCUCUGUGCUGCUCGGAGCCUCCAACACGGACCAGCUGAUGGAGAAUAUAGGAGCAAUACAGGUUCUUCCAAAGUUAUCGUCCUCCAUCGUGCACGAGGUGGACAGUAUCCUGGGCAACAAACCCUACAGUAAAAAGGACUACCGCUCCUAGUGUGUAUCCGGACGGGACCGGACGCUCCGCACACACCUUUGCCUGAUCCUCCGUUCGCUUCAGCUUUUACUGAAUGAGUUCCGGCCGCAUGAGACGGGCAAGCACCUACAAACCCCGGAGAGCAAGACUUUUACAACACCAAGGGCAAGAAACACACAAAAACAAACUUUCAAAAAGGACACAUUCACUGACCGAGGGGUUAAAAUGCAAAUGCAUCGAAGAUACGGAUUGAUCUGCAGACAAGGUACUUUAAGAUGGCAUCAUUAGGGUAAUUAAGAACAAACAUUUUCAAAAAAAAUAAGAUGCUUAAAAAUAAUAACAUGCUUGCUUGGUUGCUGGAAAUAUUGGUUUCUUUCUUUUUCUUUUUUUAUAUUGAAUGCGGAGCUGAAGCUGAAAUACAGUAGACUGCACAUGAUUCACAGCCACUCAUGUGAUCCAUUUGGGUUAGCGCACAUCCUUCACAUCGGCGCACCUACAAAUCUUCACUGUGUCGUUCGUCUGCGUUUCGUAUGCACACGCCCCCUUUCGCAGGCAAACCAAUCAGCACUUUAUGACAACAUCAGAGGGAGUGGCUUUGUGAGAAUGGAUUUAAAUGCAGCUCAGAAAAAAAAAUCAAUGGCUUAUUGUGCACAGGGCAUCUUCUCUGUUUAGCCUCAAAAAGCGACCCUGGCUUCUCAUUCGUCAUUGCUUUGCUAUCAGGGGGAUAUUUCUCAAAGCGGAUGUUUUUUUUUUGGACAGCAGCUCUCUGUGUGUUUGCUGAAGAUUGCUGGAAACUGAUGGUCUUCCUGCGCUGACACUCAGAUUUAGUAUACUGAAAUUGCAGUUAUUCUCGCUAACAUGGUAGAUUUUAGGUGUAGGUUGAAUGUGCUAACGGGAUACGCAUGCUUCAAAAGUAGUUAAUGUGAUUAAUGCUCAUUUUUAAGGCUGAGGAGGGAAUGUUAGAAACGUCACCAAUGUGUUCUGAUCAUAUUUCACCUCUAAAUCAAUAUACAAAUAUAAGAUACACAAAAUUAUUUAACUUGUUUUUAGAGAUUUUAAUGAUGAUUACGCACAUCUGCCUGCAAACUGGCAUUAAUAUUGAAUGGGAGAAUCAGAUUUCUGUAAUGCUGGUUUUAAAAAGGAUGCAUUACAACGAUAUGAUUUAAUAAAAAAUC